CUUCCCGUAUUUCGGAGGAUCUCGAGCCGUUCCUGCCCCAGGAAAAUCAAGCCAUGGAUCCGGGCGCUUCCAGCACCUCUGUGGCCGAUCCCGCCGGGGAUCCCGAGCGGAACGUCCCCAGGAUCUGCGGGGUCUGCGGGGACCGGGCCACCGGCUUCCACUUCAACGCCAUGACCUGCGAGGGCUGCAAGGGCUUCUUCAGGAGGAGCAUGAAGAGGAAGGCCAUGUUCACCUGUCCCUUCAGCGGGGACUGCCACAUCACCAAGGACAACCGGCGGCACUGCCAGGCCUGCCGGCUCAAGCGCUGCCUGGACAUCGGCAUGAUGAAGGAGUUCAUCCUCACGGACGAGGAGGUGCAGAGGAAGAGGGAGAUGAUCCUGAAGAGGAAGGAGGAGGAAGCCCUGAGGGAAAGCCUCAAACCCAAACUCUCGGAGGAGCAGCAGAAAGUCAUCGACAUCCUGCUCGAGGCCCAUCGCAAAACCUACGACCCCACCUAUGCUGACUUCACCAAAUUUCGGCCCCCCGUGAGGAGCCACCCCAGCAGCAGAGGGGCCACAAAAUCCUCGUCCCUCCUCACCCAGGACCUGUCCUCGGAGGAUUCCUCGGAUCUCUUCAGCUCCGAGGCCUUCAGCACAUUCCCAGAGCCCGCGGAGCCGCCGCCGUUCCCGGGGCUGGCGCUGCCCGAGGAGCGGGACGAGAGCUCCUCCGUCAACGCGGAGUUCUCGCAGCUCUCCAUGCUCCCGCACCUGGCCGACCUGGUCAGCUACAGCAUCCAGAAGGUGAUCGGCUUCGCCAAGAUGAUCCCAGGCUUCAGGGACCUGUCAGUGGAGGACCAGAUCGUGCUGCUCAAGUGCAGCGCCAUGGAGGUGAUCAUGCUGCGCUCCAACGAGUCCUUCACCCUCGAGGACAUGUCCUGGACCUGUGGCAGCAGCGACUUCAAGUACAGGGUCAGCGAUGUCACCCAAGCCGGGCACAGCAUGGACCUGCUGGAGCCGCUGGUGAAAUUCCAGGUGGGGCUGAAGAAGCUGAACCUGCACGAGGAGGAGCACGUGCUGCUCAUGGCCAUCUGCAUCCUGUCCCCAGACCGGCCCGGCGUGCGGGAGCCGCUGCGGGUGGAGGCGCUGCAGGAGCGGCUCUCGGAGGUGCUGCAGAGCUACAUCCGCGCCCGGCACGCCGCGCCCGGCGGCCGCCUGCUCUACGCCAAGAUGAUCCAGAAGCUGGCGGACCUGCGCAGCCUGAACGAGGAGCACUCGCGGCAGUACCGCUGCCUGUCCUUCCAGCCCGAGCACAGCAUGCAGCUCACGCCGCUGCUGCUCGAGGUGUUCGGUAACGACAUCGCCUGAGCGGCGCCGAGAGCCGCGGGAGGACGGAGGAGGCGGCGCCGGGAGCGCCGAGCCCGGGCCGGGGCUGCGAUCCCCCGGGGCCGUUCUGUCUUUGUCCUGGGAAGGGGAACGCCGGGGAUGGGGCUGUGGGUGCCGUGCUCUGCUCCCCCCACCCCCGCCCCGAAAUCCCACAGCGCCCGUGGGCUCAGACACCCCGAACCGCGGCCAGGAGGUGCCACGGGUGGGGCCCCGCAGCCCCAGCACGUCCCGGUGCUGCUGCCGCCGGACUGGGGCGAGCCAGAGGCAGCCGAGAAGGGCCCGAGAGGGGAAAUGUCCUCGCCCCUCAAAGGAAGAGCAGGACGAGCUUUGUUUGCACUCCCUGGGCAGGGGGAGCAGGGGUGUCCCCAGGAGACGCCCCCACUUUGGAGCUGGACCCCUCCGCGGGAUGGGGCGAUGACUCCUGAGACCCCCUGGCAGGACCCCCAAUUCCAGCUUGGCUUCCCCCCCUGCCGCGUUCUGGGGGUGGCUCCAGGUCCUUGUUCCCACCCGGAGCAAGCCCUGGAAGGGGGAUUUGGGAGCUGGGGGGCCCCAGACCCCUGGGAAGAGUCAUCCCAGCCCCCGCAGCCAUCAGCAAUGGUCAGAGGUCCCCAGUGUCCGGCGGGUCCCCAGGGUCCGGCGGGUCCCCAGUGUCCGGCGGGUCCCCGGCUCGGGCCAAUAAACUCCUGCUUGGGCAAA